CACCCGCGUGUUUCCCGUUGCGACGCUUAGAAUCUCCGUGCUUCGCUUCGAUUUCGAGGACAACAGUUGGAUGCUUAACUCUGAAUAGCCUGUGAGCUUACAUACGCAGGAAUAGCUCCCAGCAACCGGGACGUCCACGGACGGACGCUGCUGCCAUUGCCAAUGCUGCGUGCGGCAGGACUCCUGCGACGAUGUGCCAAAUUUGCCGAAUGCGGAAUCACAGUGAGAAGGAGUCCCAGCCCCGCAACAGUCUUCUGUUGGCCCUCUAUCAGAUAAGUCGCUGUCCGUCCCGCGAUAAGUGCAGACUACAAGAAGAGCUACUUGUAAGAAGCUGAUAACGCGUUUCAGCCUCUCACGUAGGCCCGCAACAAUUAAUACGUCUCGAUGGCCGCGGGUGGAAUUCGCGUCUUGAAUGAAGGAGUGGGUUAUGGCAUCGUUGUAGGCAUCGGGGCCUUCUUCGCCCUUCUAAUGCUGGCCAUCACUUAUCUCCAAAACCGCUACACGACAUACUCGACAAAAAACUCGGAGGAGUUCAAUACCGCAUCGCGGAGCGUCAAGCCCGGGCUCAUCGCAGCGGGGAUUGUGAGCUCAUGGACAUGGAGUUCCACUCUGCUCACGUCGAGCACAUUCGCAUAUUCUUAUGGGAUCGGGGGUGGGAUGUGGUACGCGGCGAUGGGCUCGUCCCAGAUCCUGCUCUUCUCUCUCAUCGCGAUCAAGAUAAAGACCAAUGCUCCCGGCGCUCACACCUUCCCGGAGAUCAUCCUCGCGCACCACGGACGUCUGAACCACAUCACCUACCUCUUCUUCGGAUGGGCGACUAAUCUCCUCGUCGGCUCGUGUCUCGUACUCGGUGGUAGCCAGGUAGUCGGCGCGCUCUCAGGCGUGAACGUCUACGGCGCGUGCUUCCUCAUCCCGCUAGUCGUUGCGGCGUACGUGAUCGCCGGUGGUCUGCGCAGCACGUUCAUCGCGGACUACGCGCAUACAGUCAUCCUCUUCGUCGCCAUCUUCACGUUCGGGUUCAGUAUGUACACAUCCAACGGCGGUAUCGACCGAUUCUACGAUCUACUACUCGAGGCUCAGCGGACGCGGCCGAUCCCCAACAACGCGCACGGGGGAUCCUAUCUCACGUUCAAAUCCAACGACGGACUCGUAUUUGCCGUCGACCUGCUCGUAGCCGGAUUCUGCACCGUGUGGCUGGACCAGGCCUAUUGGCAGCGCGCCAUCGCAUCCCGGCCCGAAACAUCUGUCAAAGCGUAUCUCUUCGGUGGCAUGGCGUGGUACGGGAUCCCGUUCGGUUUCGCUACGGCAAUGGGGCUCGGGUGUGCUGCGCUCACCGCGACGCCGGCGUUCCCGACGUUCCCCAAUCCGCUGUCUGCUGCUCAGAACGGCAGUGGCCUAUCGGCUCCUGCGACGGCGAUUGCGCUGUUGGGCCGCGGCGGCGCUGGGCUGAUGCUCCUGCUGCUGUUCAUGGCUGUGACGUCAGCGACGAGUGCUGAACUGAUCGCGGUAUCGAGUCUCAUCACAUUCGAUGUAUACAAGACCUACUUCAAGCCCACGGCGAGCUCUGACCAGCUGGUCAGGAUGAGCCACGCCGGGAUCGUGCUCUUCUCUGUCGUGCUGGCCUCGUUCUGCUGCAUCCUGAAUGCAGUCAACAUCAACCUGACAUGGGUGCUGACGGUGCUGGGUGUGAUUGUCGGCGGUGGAUCUGUCCCAGUGGGCAUGAUCCUGCUGUGGGAACCCAUGUCCUCGACCGCAGCCCUGGUUGCUCCCUGGGCUGGCACCGCUCUCGGACUCGUCGCCUGGUUCGUCGUGACCAAGCUUCGCAGCGGAAGCAUCUCCGUGCAGACGACCGGGGACGUCACCAACGCAGUCGCCGGCAACAUCACGUCGUGCUGCGUGGGUGUCAUCGUGUCAUUCGCGCUGUCGUAUGUUUUCCCGGCAAAGUGGGGUGCCGCCGAGGCCGAGGGGAAUCCUCACGCCCAAAAUAGACUGGCCAAAAUCCUCCACGGGGAUGCCGAGGCGCAUGGAACCGAGGCGUCAAGCGAGAAAGACUCGGUCUCGCCCCAAACGGGCAACGCGGUCGUCGACUUUCUCGAUUCCUCGUACUCCAAGCCGAUGGACCCCGCCGAAGCACGCAGGGCCACCCGACUAGCUUACGGAUUCAACAUCGCGUACUGGGCGAUCGCGGUCAUCCUCGUCCCGUUCACCUUCUUCGGGACCGAGUGGGAGUUUACCCGAGCAGGAUUUAAGGGCUGGUGCGUUGUGUCGUUCAUCUGGGUGUGGUUCAGCGCGCUAGUCUGCAUCUUCUGGCCGCUCUGGGAAAGUCGGACGACUAUGAUCUCCAUCGCCAGAGGAUUGUUCAGCGAUGCACUCCGCCAUUGAUGAUUGAACCCCAAAUUAACGUUUAUCGAGUGCUACCGAUAUUAGCAUCUAUCCAUGAUAUGUAACAGUAUGACCAAGAAAUCAGCAUAAAUGUCUGUCCGGCUCACUUCAUUGCGACUUCAAAGCGGGCACGAUCGCAUGGUUUCGUUACAUAAAUUAGUUUCCAG